AAAGAAUAUAACCUGUAAAAAACCAUGUUUUUAGAAGUUGAAUAUUGAAAUAAAAUGGGUAAAGUAAAUAAAAAUAGUACGGCUGGUAAAUCGGAUGCCAAUUUGAAGAGAUUAGAAUCGCUGAAAAAUUUAAAGGAUAAUUAUCACAAUAAAAAAUCGCUAAUUAAAUCCGCCUUGGCGAACAUCGAUGUACCUUCAAAAAAUAAAAUCGUUUUCAGCGAUACUGCCGAAAGGUAUAGUGAAAAUAACUGCACUAAUGAAAGUGGCAAAAAGACGUUAUUCAACGAAAAUGAUUCUGAAGAAGAAUUUGAACCGACCUUUUCAGUAAAAGAGCAUUUCCAAGGGAAAGAAGGACAGAAGUUAUUAGAAUUGCAAUCUAAAUUCAAGAACGAUAAAAGGUUUACUCUCGAUGAGAGAUUUUUGGAGAACAACGAAGCAGAAUCUGUAGAAGUUGCUCCUAAUCAAGAGGCUAAUGAAGAUGUGCCCAUCGAGGAAGAAAAGAAGAGAGAAUACGAGAUUCUCGAGCAAGUUUUAGGAAAGAAAAUCGCUCCUAAAGAAAAACAUGAACCAAGUAAGAAGAAAAUGUUGCGUUUUGAUCCUUCCCAACCGGAACAUUCUAAAUAUGAAAUUCCCAAAGCCGCGCCUGAGAAGAAAAGUAAAAGAAAGCGAAAAAAUUCUGAGGCUGAGGUAACUGAUGAGAAAAAACAAGAGGAGAAAGCAGCACCGGAGGUUUCCAAAGAAGUAUUUUUCCAAGUUUCUGAUAAUUUGAAGCAGACUUUUGAAGAACAGAAAGAAUUUAGCUUACUCAGUAUGUUUGGGCAGCAGCCAGAAGAAAAAAGAGCAGAAGAAGCAUACGCGUCAAAAGAGCAUUCUAAAACAUUGACAAAUGGUUUUCAUAAAGAAAAGAAUCCAUUCAGGUACGACUCAUCUGAUGAUGAAGAUGAAACACGAGAUGUUCAAGAAAGUAAUAAAAAUCAAUCAGUCCCGGCUAAAAAUGAAGAAGUUAGAAAGAAAACUUCUUGGACCGAACCAUUCUUUUUCAAACUGGACGAUUUCAGGUUACAAGAGGGUUUCGAUUUCCUUGAAAAAAUGCAAUCCGAAGAGACAACCGAGUUCAAAAAGUUACGCAGAGACCUCAAAGAAAUAGUCAAAGCAAAAGUAAGAAAUAAUUUAAGGAAAAACAAACCAUUCAAGAAAAAAUUGGGAGGCAACAGAAAGAAGAAAGUUCUUAGACUUAAGAAAGCGAUGAAAAGGUGACAAUAAAAUGUAG